AACCGACUUGGAUGGCUCCACUAUAACUCUCACCAAUCACCGUGUCCUCAAAGCUCAAGCCAACCAUCCAUCGUAUUCGUACCGCACCAUGGCCGGCGACACGGCACCGCACGUCGUGGAGGAUCUCCUCCGCCUCGUCCAGAUCCUGAGUGACGGCUCCGUCGUCCGCGGCGACGAGUCCGUCCUCGGCCCAAAGGAGCCCUUCCCGGACGUCCCCGGCGUGGAAUGGAAGGACGUGGUGUACCACGCGGCGCACGGCCUCCGCGUCCGCGUCUACAGGCCGACUUCGGUGGUGGCCGGCGGCGACAAGCUCCCGGUGCUGGUGUACUUCCACGGCGGCGGCUACUGCCUCGGCUCCUUCGCCCAGCCGACCUUCCACGCGUUCUGCCUCCGCGCCGCCGCCGAGCUCCCGGCCGUCGUGCUGUCCGUGCAGUACCGCCGCGCCCCCGAGCACCGCCUCCCCGCCGCCAUCGACGACGGCGCGGCUUUCCUCUCCUGGCUGCGCGGCCAGGCCGAGCUCGGCGCCGGCGCCGACCCGUGGCUCGCGGAGUCGGCCUGCUUCGCCCGGACGUUCCUCUCCGGCGUCUCCGCGGGCGCCAACUUGUCCCACCACCUCAUCGUCCAGGUCGGCUCGGCGCGCCUCGCGGUCAGCCCCGUGCGCAUCGUCGGGUACGUACUCCUCUCUGCCUUCUUCACCGGCGCCGAGCGCACGGCUGCGGAGACAGACCCGCCGGCGGACGUGUUCCUGCCGCUGGAGCUGUCCGACCAGCUCUGGCACAUGUCGCUUCCGGUUGGGGCGAGCAGGGACCACCCGGUGGCGAAUCCGUUCGGGCCGGAGAGCCCCAACCUCGCGCCGGUGGAGCUCCCGCCGGCUCUCGUCGUGGCGCCGUUGGGCGACGUGCUCCGUGAUCGCUCGCUGGGUUACGCGGCGAGGCUCAAGGACAUGGGGAAGGACGUGGAGCUUGUCGAGUUCGAGAGGCAGCAGCAUGGCUUCUCCGUCCUUCAGCCGUUCGGCGAGGCGGCCGACGAGUUGAUGCGAGUCCUCAGGCGGUUCGUGUACCCCGCCCGCUGAGCGAUGAUGUGCUGGUGAACGGAUGGUGAUCUCAUGACGCUGCUGUUCCUGAUGCUGUGAUAGCUGCUGUUUCGAUGUUAUGAACUUCUGGGUAGAGGUCAGAGACUGUGUCUGUAUGUUGAGUGUUGUGUGUUGGCUUGCCUUUGGAUCGAGCCUAGAAAUAAAUCUAGUCCAUUUCUGAUUGGAUGUGUUGUUGUGCAAUGGUUGAAGUUACGUUCAAA